AUGGGCAUAUCGGCCUGCUUCUAUCACAUCUCCUCCAACAAGGCAUGCGUUGCUCAACCUCCAUCGGAUUUAGCAUCCACCCACCGGAGAGGUAAUUGACUGCCCAUUGGAUUCAUGGGACAUACCAGAGGAGAAGAUCAUACUUGUCAUAACUGACAACGGAGCGAACAUAGUCAAUGCUAUCAAACUGUUAUAGAACAGGCAAGAGAAUACAUGUGAAUGCCAAUUUUGAUACGUUCAGAAAACAAAGCUCGUAUUAUAAGGAGGAUGGGAUCCACCCAAAUAAUAUGGGUUCCUGGAUCCUUUCACUGCAUUAUAAGGCUGCAUUGAGACAAUGACUUAUCAAUGACCCAACUCCAGCUCAUUUAAUCCCUACCAUUGUGUUGCUGAGUUGUCAUAAUGAUUCAGCAAAUGUACAUCAUCCUAGGGGCGUUGGAAGACACAAUGUAAAUAACCUAAUUUAUGUCCCUCUUACUGCCCGGAAUGCCUCUGCUGAUCCUACAGCUAUUAUAUGCAGUAAUCAUAUACAGUGGGGAAAAAAAGUAUUUAGUCAGCCACCAAUUGUGCAAGUUCUCCCACUUAAAAAGAUGAGAGAGGCCUGUAAUUUUCAUCAUAGGUACACGUCAACUAUGACAGACAAAAUGAGAAAAAAAAAUCCAGAAAAUCACAUUGUAGGAUUUUUAAUGAAUUUAUUUGCAAAUUAUGGUGGAAAAUAAGUAUUUGGUCAAUAACAAAAGUUUCUCAAUACUUUGUUAUAUACCCUUUGUUGGCAAUGACACAGGUCAAACGUUUUCUGUAAGUCUUCACAAGGUUUUCACACACUGUUGCUGGUAUUUUGGCCCAUUCCUCCAUGCAGAUCUCCUCUAGAGCAGUGAUGUCCCCCCCCCCCCCCCCCCAAAAAAAAAGUAUAGGGUGAAUGCACCAAUUUGUAAGUCGCUCUGGAUAAGAGCGUCUGCUAAAUGACGUAAAUGUAAAUGUAAAUGUAAAUGUAAAUGUUUUGGAGCUGUCGCUGGGCAACACAGACUUUCAACUCCCUCCAAAGAUUUUCUAUGGGGUUGAGAUCUGGAGACUGGCUAGGCCACUCCAGGAUCUUGAAAUGCUUCUUACGAAGCCACUCCUUCGUUGCCCGGGCGGUGUGUUUGGGAUCAUUGUCAUGCUGAAAGACCCAGCCACGUUUCAUCUUCAAUGCCCUUGCUGAUGGAAGGAGGUUUUCACUCAAAAUCUCACGAUACAUGGCCCCAUUCAUUCUUUCCUUUACACGGAUCAGUCGUCAUGGUCCCUUUGCAGAAAAACAGCCCCAAAGCAUGAUGUUUCCACCCCCAUGCUUCACAGUAGGUAUGGUGUUCUUUGGAUGCAACUCAGCAUUCUUUGUCCUCCAAACACGACGAGUUGAGUUUUUACCAAAAAGUUAUAUUUUGGUUUUAUCUGACUAUAUGACAUUCUCCCAAUCCUCUUCUGGAUCAUCCAAAUGCACUCUAGCAAACUUCAGACCGGCCUGGACAUGUACUGGCUUAAGCAGGGGGACACGUCUGGCACUGCAGGAUUUGAGUCCCUGGCGGCGUAGUGUGUUACUGAUGGUAGGCUUUGUUACUUUAUUCCCAGCUCUCUGCAGGUCAUUCACUAGGUCCCCCCGUGUGGUUCUGGGAUUUUUGCUCACCGUUCUUGUGAUCAUUUUGACCCCACGGGGUGAGAUCUUGCGUGGAGCCCCAGAUCGAGGGAGAUUGUCAGUGGUCUUGUAUGUCUUCCAUUUCCUAAUAAUUGCUCCCACAGUUGAUUUCUUCAAACCAAGCUGCUUACCUAUUGCAGAUUCAGUCUUCCCAGCCUGGUGCAGGUCUACAAUUUUGUUUCUGGUGUCCUCUGACAGCUCUUUGGUCUUGGCCAUAGUGGAGUUUGGAGUGUGACUGUUUGAGGUUGUGGACAGGUGUCUUUUAAACUGAUAACAAGUUCAAACAGGUGCCAUUAAUACAGGUAUCGAGUGGAGGACAGAGGAGCCUCUUAAAGAAGAAGUUACAGGUCUGUGAGAGCCAGAAAUCUUGCUUGUUUGUAGGUGACCAAAUACUUAUUUUCCACCAUAAUUUAUUAAUAAUCCUACAAUGUGAUUUUCUGGAAAAAAAAUUCUCAAUUUUUCUGUCAUAGUUGACAUGUAACUAUGAUGAAAAUUACAGGCCUCUCAUCUUUUUAAGUGGGAGAACUUGCACAAUUGGUGGCUGACUAAAUACUUUUUUCCCCCACUGUACCUAUGAACCAGAGUAAUGCUGUUAGCACUGAGGUGGUGUGCCUAGUAGGAAGUCCACUGUGUGCAGCUCAACCUACACUAAUAAAAAUAACCCAAGUAUGUCUACCUCUGCUAAGCUUCCCAGUAAAGCAAGAAAAAUAAUCAAGCAUCCCAGAAAAGUGUUAAAAAUAGCCCACGUUAACAUAUGUAGCUUGAGAAACAAGGUUCAUGAAAUCAAUAAUUUGCUAGUAACAGAUGACAUUCAUAUUCUGCCUAUCUCUGAAACUCACUUAGAUAAUACCUUUGAUGAUACAGUGCUAGCAAUACAAGGUUAUAACAUUUACAGAAAAUAGAGAAAUGCCAACGGGGCCGGUGUUGCGGUCUAUAUUCAGAACCACAUUCCUGUAAAGCUUAGAGAGGAUCUCAUGAUAAAUUCUGUUGAAGUAAUAUGGCUACAGGUUCACCUGCCUCACCUAAAGCCCAUUCAGUGUGAAAUGUUUGAUAAUAUAUGUGAUAUCAAUAGAGAUGUAUACUUUCUGUGUGAUUUAAAUAUUGACUGGCUUUCAUCAGGCUGCCCACUCAAGAGAAAGCUUCAAACAGUAACUAGUGCCUGCAACCUGGUUCAGCUUAUAAAUCAACCUACCAGGGUAGUUACAAACAGUACAGGAAUGAAAUCAUCAACAUGUGUUGAUCAUAUCUUUACUAAUGCUACAGAAAUUUGUUUGAAAGCAGUAUCCAAAUCCAUCGGAUGUAGUGAUCACAAUGUAUUAGCCAUAUCUAGGAAAACCAAAGUUCUAAAGGCUGGGCCUAAUAUUGUGUAUAAGAGGUCAUACAAUAACUUUUGUAGUGAUUCCUAUGUUGUUGAUGUGAGUAAUAUUUGUUGGCCUGUGUUGUGUAAUGACGAGCAACCAGAUGCUGCACUUGACAUAUUUAUGAAAUAGCUUAUCCAAGUUACUAAUAAGCAUGCAUGCAUUAAGAAAAUGACUGUAAAAUCUGUUAGAUCCCUGUGGAUUGAUGAGGAAUAGAACAUUUGUAUGGUUGAGAGGGAUGAGGCAAAAGAGAUGACAAAUAGGUCUGGCUGUACAACCGAUUGGCAAAUGUACUGCAAAUUGAGAAAUCAUGUGACUAAACUGAAUAAAAAUAAGAAGAAACUACACCAUGAAACAAAGAUAAAUGACUUAAAGAAUGAUAGUCAAAAGCUUUGGAGCACCUUAAAUGAAAUUUAGUCAAAAGCAAACUCCGCUCCAUCAUUCAUUGAAUCAGAUAGCUCAUUCAUCACAAAACCCACUGAUAUUGCCAACUACUUUAAUGAUUUUUUUCAUUGGCAAGAUUAGCAAACUUAGGCAUGACAUGUCAGCAACAAACGCUGACACUACACAUCCAAGUAUAUUUGACCAAAUUAUGAAAGACAAGCAUUGUAAUUUUGAAUUCUGUAAAGUAAGUGUGGAAGAGGUGAACAAAUUAUUAUUGUCGAUCAACAAUGACAAGCCACCGGGGUCUGACAACUUGGAUGGAAAAUACUGAGGAUAAUAGGAGACGAUAUUGCCACUUCUAUUUGCCAUAUCUUCAAUUUAAGCCUACUAGAAACUGUUUGCCCUCAGGCCUGGAGGGAAGCAAAAGUUAUUCCCCUACCUAAGACUAGUAAAGCCCCCUUAACUGGCUCAAAUAACCGACCAAUCAGCCUGUUACCAACCAUUAGUAAACUCUUGGAAAAAAUGGUGUUUGACCAGAUAAAAUGCUAUUUUACAGUAAACAAAUUGACAACAGACUUUCAGCAUGCUUAUAGGGAAUGACAUUCAACAAGCACAGCACUUACACAAAUGACUGAUGAUUGGCUGAGAGAAAUUGAUGAUCAAAAUAUUGUGGGGGCUGUUUUGUUAGACUUCAGUGUGGCUUUUGACAUUAUCUAUCAUAGUCUGUUGAGUAAAGCCAGUGUGUCUAUGUAUGCAGAUGACUCAACACUAUAUACGUCAGCUACCACAGCGACUGAAAUGACAGCAACACUUAACAAAGAGCUGCAGUUAGUUUCAGAAUGGGUGGCAAGGAAUAAGUUAGUCCUAAAUAUUUCAAAAACUAAAAGCAUUGAAUUUGGGACAAAUACCUGGACUACUGUUCAGUCGUGUGGUCAGGUGCCACAAAGAGGGACUUAGGAAAAUUGCAAUUGGCUCAGAACAGGGCAGCACGGCUGGCCCUUGGAUGUACACAGAGAGCUAACAUUUAUAAUAUGCACGUCAAUCUCUCCUUGCUCAAAGUGGAGGAGAGAUUGACUUCAUCACUACUUGUAUUUGUGAGAGGUAUUGACAUGUUGAAUGCACCAAGCUGUCUGUCUGUACGACUGGCACACAGCUCAGACACCCAUGCAUACCCCACAAGACAUGCCACCAGAGGUCUCUUCACAGUCCCCAAGUCAAGAACAGACUAUGGGAGGCGUACAGUAGUACAUAGGGCCAUGACUACAUGAAACUCUAUUCCACAUCAAGUAACUCAUGCCAGCAGUAAAAUUAGAUUUUAAAAACCAGAUAAAAAUACACCUUAUGGAACAGCAGGGACUGUGAAUCAACACAAACAUAGGCACAUGCAUAAAAACACAUGAUAACAUACGCACUAUACACACAUGUACACAUGGAUUUUGUGUUAUAGAUAUGUGGUAGUAGAGCAGAGGCCAGAGGGCACCUUAAUAUGUUGUGAAAUCUGUUGUGAAUGUAUUGUAAUGUUUUUAAAAUGUAUAACUGCCUUAAUUUUGAUGGACCCCAGGAAGAGGCAGCAGCUAAUGGGGAUCCAUAAUAAAUACAAAAAAAAUGCAGUAAGGGGAAAAACUGUAUGAAACCUUCUACUCUUCAGUUAACACACACACACACACACACACACACUCCAUCCCUCACACACUCUGGUCUCCCUCUCUUUCAUAAACACAGACACACACCACUCUGUCCGAAACGUACAAACACUGCUCCCAACUUUAAAUAAAAAGCCACUCUAAAAUGUGCAGUUUUGACACAACACAAUACCACAGAUGUCCACACAAAACAUGAAACAUGACGUAAUACAGAACAUUAAUAGACAAGAACAGCUCAAGGAUAGAACUACAUACAAUUUUUAGGGGGAGGGGCGAUGUGCCGUGAGGUGUUGCUUCAUCUGAUUUUUUAGGGGAGAGGCAAUGUGCCGUGAGGUGUUGCUUUAUCUGAUUUUUUAAACCAGGUUUGCUGUUUAUUUGAGCAAUAUGAGAUGGAACGGAGUUCCAUGCAAUAAUGGCUCUAUAUAAUACUGUACGCUUUCUUGAAUUUGUUCUGGAUUUGGGGACUGUGAAAACACCCCUGGUGGAAUGUCUGGUGGGGUAAGUGUGUGUGUCAGAGCUGUGUGUAAGUUGACUAUGCAAACAAUUUGGGAUUUUCAACACAUAAAUGUUUCUUAUAAAAAGAAGUGAUGCAGUCAGUCUCUCCUCAACUCUUAGCCAAGAGAGACUGGCAUGCAUAGUAUUAAAUGCUUUGCUUUAUCUUGGCCAGGUCGCAGUUGUAAAUGAGAACCUGUUCUCAACUGGCUUACCUGGUUAAAUAAAGGUGAAAUAAAAAAAUAAAAAUAAAAAUAUCAGCCCUCUGAUUACAAUGAAGAGCAAGACGUGACACUCUGUUUUGGGCCAGCUGCAGCUUAACUAGGUCUUUCCUUGCAGCACUGGACCACACGACUGGACAAUAACCAAGAUUAGACAAAAAUAGAGCCUGCAGAACUUGCUUUUGGAGUGUGGUGUCAAAAAAGCAGAGCAUCUCUUUAUUACGGACAGACCUCUCCCCAUCUUUACAACCAUUGAAUCUAUAUGUUUUGACCAUGAUAGUUUACAAUCUAAGGUAACGCCUAGUAAUUUAGUCUCCUUAACUUGUUCAACAGCCACACCAUGCAUUUCCAGAUUCAGCUGAGGUCUAGAACUUAGGGACUGAUUUGUACCAAAUACAACGCUCUUAGUUUUAGAGAUGUUCAGGACCAGUUUAUUAGUGGCCACCCAUUCCAAAACAGACUGCAACUCUUUGUUAAGGGUUUUGUUGACUUCAUUAGCUGUGGUUGCUGAUGCGUAUGUGGUUGAAUCAUCAGCAUACGUGGAUACACAUGCUUUGUUUAAUGCCAGUGGCAGGUCAUUGGUAAAAAUAGAAAAGAGUAGAGGGCCUAGAGAGCUGCCCUGUGGUACACCACACUUUACAUAUUUGACAUUAGAGAAGCUUUUUGAGUUCUAUUAGAUAGAUAGCUCUGAAUCCACGGUAUGGCAGAGAUUGAAAAGCCAUAACACAUACGUUUUUUUCAACAACAGGUUAUGGUCAAUAAUAUCAAAGGCUGCACUGAAAUCUAACAGUAAAGCUCCCACAAUCUUCUUAUUAUCAAUUUCUUUCAACAAAUCAUCAGUCAUUUAUGUGAGUGCAGUACAUGUUGAGUGCCCUUCCCUAUAAGCAUGUUGGAAGUCUGUUGUUUAUUUGUUUACAGAGAAAAAGCAUUGUAUUUGGUCAAACACCAUUUUUUACAACAGUCUGCUAAGAGCUGGCAGCAAGCUUAUAGGUCUACUGUAAGAACCAGUAAAGGCCGCUUUACCAUUAUUGGGUAGAGGAAUUACUUUGGCUUCCCUCCAGGCCUGAGGACAAAGACUUUCCUCUAGGCUCAGAUUAAAGAUAUGACAGAUAGGAGUGGCUAUAGCGUCAGCUACCAACCUCAGUAGCUUUCCAUCUAAGUUGUCAAUGCCAGGAGGUUUGUCAUUAUUGAUCGAUAACAAUAAUUUCUCCACCUCUCCUACACUAACUUUACAAAAUUCAAGAUGAGUCAGAUGAGUCACAGCAAAAUCUUUUGUAUGAUCUCUUAUACACUAUUUUAGGCCCAGCUGUUGGAACUUUGGCUUUCCUGGAUAUAGCCACUAUAUUGUGAUCACUGCAUCCAAUGGGUACGGAUACAGCUUUAGAACAAAGUUCUACAGUAUUAGUAAAAAUGUGAUCGAUACAUGUGGAUGAUCUUGUUCCUGUAGUGUUUGUAAACACCCUGGUAGGUUGAUUAAUAACCUGAACCAGAUUACAGGCACUGGUUACAGUAAGAAACUUCCUCUUGAGUGGACAGCUUGAUGAAAACCAGUCAAUAUUCAGGUCCCCAAGAAAGUAGACCUCUCUGCUUACAUCACAUACACUAUCAAGCAUUUCACACAUAUUAUUUAAAUACUGACUGUUCGCACUUGGUGGCCUAUAGCAACACCCCAAAAGAAAAGGCUUUAGAUGUGGCAAGUGAACCUGCAACCACAACACUUCAAUAACACUUGAAGUAAGAUCUUCUCUAAGCACUACAGGGAUAUGGCUCUGAAUAUAUACAGCAACACCUCCCCCAUAAGCAUUUCUGUCUCUUCUAUGGAUGUUAUAUUCUUGUAUUGCUACUGCUGUAUCAUCAAAUAAAUUAUCUAAGUGAGUCUCAGAAAUUGCUAAUAUAUUAAUGUUAUCUGAUGUUAGCAAGUUAUUGAUUUCAUUAACCUUAUUUCUAAGGCUACAUACAGUAUAUGGAUUUGGGCUAUUUUCAGCCUUUUCCUGGGUAGCUUAUCAGAGAUAGACAUAAUACUGGAAAGAGCAAACAAAGCAAGAUAAAAAUAUAUAUAUAUAUUCAGCAGUCCAUUAAUCAAUUGGUGUGUGUGUGUGUGCUGCAGGAUUGAAGCUACAAACCCAUAGGCUUGGCUCUCUCAUCCCUUCCAGGCUUCUGGGAGGGAGGGUGGACAAUGAGCCUGUCAUAGUGGAUGUAAAGCAAUGUCCCCACGCGCUCUGGCAGCUUUCAUGGCAGGGAUAGGUUCUUUCCUCUUCUGGCGCACAGCUUCAGGAUAGUCCUCAUUGAAGAAGAUAUAUGUUCCUCUCAAUUUCUUGGCUCUUUCCAGAACAGCUACCUUGUCCUUGAACCUCAGGAUCUUGACACUAUCGGCCUGGGCCUGUCACCUGAUAGCUUUCAUGGCUGGGAUAGGUUCAAUAGUUUGGCAUUAGUUAGCAGCAGCUAAUGGGGAUCUGUUAUGAUGAGUUUCUUGGGUAUCAAGUAAUAUUCAACACUUAGAUGGAGAGUUCGUAGAAAUAUUUAAUAUUCGGUACCGGGUUCAUCUAGCAAAAGCCGCAUACUCUGCCUCUUGCCAUUCCGAACUACUGAACAAAGAAAAUAUCUCAGUUUAUAUACCUUCUGUUACAAGUUUCUUCAACAACAUCUGUUAACCCUCAGUGGGAACUCCCUCCUUUGAUGUUAUUACCUUGUACCCCAAGUCAGUAUAUCAUGUCCAUCAAUCAUUCUAAGAUAAACCCCAUGUAAUCUCCCUCGACAUAAUGGAAUCCUUGGUAUUCAGACUGUGCGGCGCCCAGAAUACCUCAUCUACUAAAUUUUACCUGGUUCCCACCACACUGUGAAAUGACAUCAUAACAGGAUCCAUAAUAAAUACAAAUACAAACAACAACCAGAGCUGGCCAUAGCUUUGAACGGCACGGCAGAAAUGAUUCAGACACUGAUGAUUAUCCUUUUAAAUCCAAGUCACAUUAAAAUUGAUUUAUAAUUUAAACAUAACCAAACCUAUGACCUGACCCAUCACCUUAUGUAUUACUGCCCCCCAGUGGCAAGAAGUGACAUCCCCCCCAAAAAACACCACAUAAAUGGCUCCUCCCACACAUAGCUUACUUUCUAACACUAAAACUAAAACUGAAACUAAAUAAUAUAAAAACGAAAUAGAAAUGAUUUUAUAAAAAUCUAACUAAAUAAAAACUAGAAAAUCAAUUCUGAAAACAAUCUGAAAUUCAAAUAUAUAUAGAAAUAAAAACUAAUAGAAAAUCACAAAACUAUAAUAACCUUGGUUUCACGUUACUAAGAGAGCAUUCAUUUAUUUGGCUGAUAAAGAGGCAAUUUUCUCCCUCAGUGAUGGUAGCACAGUGAGGGACAGCAGCCAUUUUCUCCAGUGAGGGGAAUGAAUGAGGAGGAUGACUGGAAUGAGUGAGAUAUGUUCAAAUUAGUCUGGUGACUGCUCAGUGCGUCUCCGUAGCCGAGACGACGCCGGUGGAUUUGUGGUAUGCUUCUUUGAAUAGUUAAAUAGCGAGCGUUUCAUCCAAUAACAUUACACCACGCCGGCAUUCUUCCCAGCCCUGCUUCAGCAUCUGUUUAGACAUUUUGCCAUUGGCAAGCAGUGGUCACAUGGCAAGCAGUGGUCACAUGGCAAGCAGUGGUCACAUGGCAAGCAGUGGUCACAUGGCAAGCAGUGGUGAUAUUUUCAUAAAAUGGACUUGUUUAAAUACCCAUAAAUCAUUAAUGUAUGCAGUGAUGCCACUGUUGCCGCCUCGCCGUCUUUGAGUCCGUAAUCUUUUUUAAAAAUCAUUAUUUCUGCCGCCAAGUGCGAAAACCGUAUUCACCACGGUUAUAGACAAUCUGAUAAAUAAUAAAUCAAUAGAUAAAUAAUAAAUCAAUGGAUAAAUCACCGGGGCACAGAACGAUGCUGGAAGAGUUAAGUGAUUUCAUUUUGCACAUAGACACCCACCUGCACACCACAUACUUCAAUCCCCUUUCUAAUUAUCUUUGUUGAACCAUUUUUAUUUCACUCACUCUGGAAGAAGUGGCCAUGUUGUCUGGUCCCAGCUGUAUGUGUGGGAGAGAAUGAGAUGCAGAGAGAUGAUGAAGACUCGUCGGUUCCCGCAGAAUAAACACUAGCAGGCCCCAGAGAGGGAGAAACUACAGCACCGGAGUUUUACGGUUUAUUGAAAAAGGGAAUAUCGACUUCCGUCCUCACUCACCCAUCAAUCUGGUUACAAUGAAUGACUCCAGCGUCGCACGCACGCACACACACACACAGACAGACAGACACACACACACACACACACACACACACACACACACACACACACACACACACACACACACACACACACACACACACACACACACAGACAGACAGACACACACACACACACCAAUUCUUGUAUUUAGACUUCAAUUAUUUCAAAACGAGGCCAUUGCUGCUUUUAUCAUCAUGCAGUGAAUGUUUCUCAAGCUCGUCUCCUUUCACUGAGAGGUGCUCCAAUGUGACCUACAUUCACUGAGGAGGUCUGCAUGUUUUACAGGAGCCCGCGGUUCAUGGCGGAAUGCUUUGUGUACAUUAUACAUGAGCACAACUGUAGUUACAACGGCAAUUGGGUAAAGGACACACUCUUUGUGUGGAGUGUUCCUUCCAACCCUUGUUGAAUUAUUCUGCCUGUUUAACCAUGUGUAUGGCACCUGCUCUAGCUGCGCCUCAUGCCCAGUCGUUUUGCCUCUCCCAGUCCACUCCUUUGUCUCCCAGUCCACUCCUCUGUCUCCCAGCCCACUCUGUCUCCCAGUCCACUCCUCUGUCUCCCAGCCCACUCCUUUGUCUCCCAGCCCACUCCUCUGUCUCCCAGCCCACUCCUCUGUCUCCCAGCCCACUCCUCUGUCUCCCAGCCCACUCCUCUGUCUCCCAGUCCACUCUGUCUCCCAGUCCACUCCUCUGUCUCCCAGCCCACUCCUCUGUCUCCCAGUCCACUCCUUUGUCUCCCAGCCCACUCUGUCUCCCAGCCCACUCCUUUGUCUCCCAGCCCACACUGUCUCCCAGUCCACUCCUUUGUCUCCCAGCCCACUCCUUUGUCUCCCAGCCCACUCCUCUGUCUCCCAGCCCACUCCUCUGUCUCCCAGUCCACUCCUUUGUCUCCCAGCCCACUCUGUCUCCCAGUCCACUCCUCUGUCUCCCAGCCCACUCCUCUGUCUCCCAGCCCACUCCUCUGUCUCCCAGCCCACUCCUCUGUCUCCCAGCCCACUCCUUUGUCUCCCAGCCCACUCUGUCUCCCAGUCCACUCCUUUGUCUCCCAGCCCACUCCUCUGUCUCCCAGUCCACUCCUUUGUCUCCCAGCCCACUCCUUUGUCUCCAGCCCACUCUGUCUCCCAGUCCACUCCUCUGUCUCCCAGCCCACUCCCCUGUCUCCCAGCCCACUCUGUCUCCCAGUCCACUCCUCUGUCUCCCAGUCCACUCCUCUGUCUCCCAGCCCACUCCUUUGUCUCCCAGCCCACUCUGUCUCCCAGCCCACUCCUCUGUCUCCCAGCCCACUCCUUUGUCUCCCAGCCCACUCCUCUGUCUCCCAGCCCACUCCUCUGUCUCCCAGCCCACUCCUCUGUCUCCCAGCCCACUCCUCUGUCUCCCAGCCCACUCUGUCUCCCAGCCCACUCCUUUGUCUCCCAGCCCACUCUGUCUCCCAGCCCACUCCUCUGUCUCCCAGCCCACUCCUCUGUCUCCCAGUCCACUCCUCUGUCUCCCAGCCCAAUCUGUCUCCCAGCCCACUCCUCUGUCUCCCAGCCCACUCCUCUGUCUCCCAGCCCACUCUGUCUCCCAGCCCACUCCUCUGUCUCCCAGCCCACUCCUCUGUCUCCCAGCCCACUCCUCUGUCUCCCAGCCCACUCCUCUGUCUCCCAGCCCACUCCUCUGUCUCCCAGUCCACUCCUCUGUCUCCCAGCCCACUCCUUUGUCUCCCAGCCCACUCUGUCUCCCAGCCCACUCCUCUGUCUCCCAGUCCACUCCUUUGUCUCCCAGCCCACUCCUCUGUCUCCCAGCCCACUCCUCUGUCUCCCAGCCCACUCUGUCUCCCAGCCCACUCCUCUGUCUCCCAGCCCACUCCUCUGUCUCCCAGCCCACUCUGUCUCCCAGUCCACUCCUCUGUCUCCCAGCCCACUCCUCUGUCUCCCAGCCCACUCUGUCUCCCAGCCCACUCCUCUGUCUCCCAGCCCACUCCUCUGUCUCCCAGUCCACUCCUCUGUCUCCCAGCCCACUCCUCUGUCUCCCAGCCCACUCCUCUGUCUCCCAGUCCACUCCUCUGUCUCCCAGCCCAAUCUGUCUCCCAGCCCACUCCUCUGUCUCCCAGCCCACUCCUCUGUCUCCCAGCCCACUCCUCUGUCUCCCAGCCCACUCUGUCUCCCAGCCCACUCCUCUGUCUCCCAGCCCACUCUGUCUCCCAGCCCACUGUCUCCCAGCCCACUUUGUCUCCCAACCCACUCUGUCUUCCAGCCCACUCUGUCUCCCAGCCCACUCUGUCUCCCAGCCCACUCCUCUGUGAGUGCCCUCAUAGAACUAGAGGGGGGAAAGUAGGAGGAGGAAGAGCAGGAAGAGGAGGAGGGGAGCUCACAGGACCCCAUCACGGCUGAGCACGUUUAAAAAGCUCCACUUGAAAUAUUACAGCUUCUCACUGAAAGAAACAGGUCAAACGUUGCUCCGAAAAAUGAAAGCAGAAGAGAGACAGAGAGAGAGAGAAAAAGAGAGAGAGAGAGAGAAAGAGAGUCGGAGAGGUCUGUAAAAUUCUGUUCUCGGUAUGACACAGAAGUCAAACAACGGCAACUCUGAAGUCUCUUGAAAUGUGUCAGAGCGCCGGGCUGCCUGUGUUUUGUCUCCACAGGCAGUCUUUGAAGUGUAAUUCACCUCAGUGGAUGUGAUGGAGCCUGGUUGGGACGUGCCUCAACAGGCUGUAGGGCUGAGAAGCGAGCGCAGUUGGUGGGACACUCCAGAGUGAGUGGAGAAGAGAAGGAGAGAAGGAGAGAAGGAGACACUGUACUCUAGGUCUGGGAGGAGAGCUCUCAGGUGCCGCCAAUCCGUUAAGUGGACUACAAUGGAGCCACAGCCAUCGUGAAUAAUAGAAAUAGCAAAAGCUGCACUCUCCUCAGGAAAGGGAGGCGGUUCAAAAAUGUCCAUAGCCACCUACUGUGCUACCUUAGAUUAGCUAGCUGUCCCCUAACAGAGAAGAGAGGGUUUCCCCUUUUUCCCUGUUAGCGUUUCGCUAUUAACCCAGUCUGCUAUGAUGAUAUCGCUAAUGGCGUUUUCAAAGCAAUGUUAGAUAAAUGACUGCUUAGCAGGAUUGCCUCUGUGUAGUCAAACGCAUUUCAUCAAGUCUGUUGGACCACAGCUCGCAAUGACUCACUGUGUUUGAUGUGAGUGUUCAGAGAGAGGUCCCCUGUGACACGAAGUAAAUCUCUGAAGGCUUACUUAUACUUAUAUUUAUAUUUAUAAAAUAUAAUAUAAUAUAUUACAGUAUAUUUGUAUACUAUGUGUACACAGGCUAAUUUGUUGAUACACUACAUGACCAAAAGUAUUAUGGACAUCUGCUCAUCGAACAUCUCAUUCCAAAUUCAUGGAAAUUAAUAUGGAGUUGGUCCCCCCUUUGCUGCUAUAACAGCCUCCACUCUUCUGGGAAGGCUUUCCACUAGAUGUUGGAACAUUGCUGCGGGGACUUGCUUCCAUUUAGCCAUAAGAGCAUUAGUGAGGUCGGGCACUGAUGUUGGGCGAUAAGGCCUGGCUCGCAGUCGGCGUUCAAAUUCAUCCAAAAGGUGUUCGAUGGGGUUGAGGUCAGGGCUCUGUGCAGGUCAGUCAAGUUCUUAAACACCGAUCUCAACAAAACAUUUCUUUAUGGACCUCGCUUUGUGCACGGGGGCUUUGUCAUGCUGAAACAGGAAAGGGCACUCCCCAAACUCUUGCCACAAAGUUGGAAGCACAGAAUCGUCUAGAAUAUCAUUGUAUGCUGUAGCAUUUAGAUUUCCCUUCACUGGAGCUAAGGAGCCUGAACCAUGAAAAACAGCCCCAGACCAUAUGAAACCGCAAAUGCGAGCGGUUUCAUAUGACAGAGAUGAAAAUAUCCUUCAAAAGUGUAGAGAGAAGACCUAAAGACUCAACAACACGAUCGUGUCUUUGGCUGCUGGAAGAAACGAAAGAAAGUUGAGAAUAUGAGAGAAAUAUGAGGAAGUGUUUAAAAAAAAUUAUAUUAACAUUUCUAUGGUCAGAACAUGGUAAUACAUGCCUCAUAAAAUGACAACAAAAAAAAAACGUCCACGUUUUAAGUAAUUACAUUUAUGGUUAAAUAUACUAAACAAAAAUAUAAAUGCAACAUGCAACAAUUUUAGCGAUUUUACUGAGUUACAGUUCAUAUAUGGAAAUCAGUCACUUGAAAGGAAUUAAUUAGGCCCUAAUCUAUGGAUUUCACAUGAAUGGGCGGGGCGCAGUCAUUGAUGGGUCUGGGAGGGCAAAGGUCCAGCCACUCCAGAGCCAGGCCCACCCAAUCAGAAUGACUUUUUCCUCACAAAAAGGGCUUUAUUACAGACAGCAAUAAUCCUCAGAUUCAUCAGCUGUCCAGGUGGCUGGUCUCAGACGAUCCUGCAGCUGAAGAAGCCGGAUGUGGAGGUCCUGAUCUGCGUGGUCUGUGCUUAUGGUUUUUCUGGCAGCAGCUCUGGUGGACAUUCCUGCAGUCAGCAUGCCAAUUGCACACUCCCUCAAAACUUGAGACCUCUGUGGCAUUAUGUUGUGUGACAAAACUGCACGUUUUAGAGUGGCCUUUUAUUGUCCCCAGCACAAGGUGCACCUGUGUAAUGAUCAUGCUGUUUAAUCAGCUUUUUGAUAUGCCACACCUGUUAGAUGGAUGGAUUAUCUUGGCAAAGGAGAAAUACUCACUAACAGGGAUGUAACUAAAUUUGUUCAAAAAAAUUGAGAGAAAUAAGCUUUUUGUGCGCAUGGGAAAUUUCAGGGAUAUUUUAUUUCAGCUCAUAAAACAUGGGACCAACACUUUAAAUGUUGCGUUUUUAUAUUUUUGUUCAGUAUAAUUUCAAAAUGUUUACUGCCUCCAGUCAGAUUGCAAGGUGGGCAUUGACCCCCCCCCCCCCCCCCCCCCCCCCCCAUUUUUACCCUGCUGCUACUCUCUGUUUAUUAUCUAUACAUAGUCACUUUACCUCUGCCUACAUGUACAUAAUACCUUAAUUACCUCGACUGUACCGGUACCCCCUGUAUGUAGCCUCGUUACUGUUAUUUUAUUGUUGCUCUUUAAUUAUUAUUAUUUGUUAUUUUUCUAUUUUCUUCUUUUUUUGUUUUUAUUUUAAUUUAAUUUUAACUCAGUUUUAGAAAUACUUUCUUAACACAUGUUGUUCUUAAAAUGUCAUUGUUGGUUAAGGGCUUGUAAGUAAGCAUUUCACUGUAAUGUGACAAAUAGAAUUUGAUUUCAUUUGAUUAUUUAUAUAAAUGUAAUACAUUUAUGUUUUUCUUAACAGAAUAGCUAGAUUUUCAGUUUUCAAAUCAAUUUUAUUGGCUAUUUGGUAAAUGGCCUUGGUGCCCUGGCAGAUAGCCUUGGUGCCCUGGCAGAUGGCCUUGGUGCCUUAGCAGAUGGCCUUGGUGCCCUGGCAGAUGGCCUUGGUGCCUUAGCAGAUGGCCUUGGUGCCCUGGCAGAUGGCCUUGGUGCCUUAGCAGAUGGCCUUGGUGCCUUAGCAGAUGGCCUUGGUGCCCUGGCAGAUGGCCUUGGUGCCCUGGCAGAUGGCCUUGGUGCCCUGGCAGAUGGCCUUGGUGCCUUAGCAGAUGGCCUUGGUGCCCUGGCAGAUGGCCUUGGUGCCCUGGCAGAUGGCCUUGGUGCCCUGGCAGAUGGCCUUGGUGCCUUAGCAGAUGGCCUUGGUGCCCUGGCAGAUGGCCUUGGUGCCCUGGCAGAUGGCCUUGGUGCCCUGGCAGAUGGCCUUGGUGCCCUGGCAGAUAGCCUUGGUGCCCUGGCAGAUGGCCUUGGUGCCCUGGCAGAUGGCCUUGGUGCCCUGGCAGAUGGCCUUGGUGCCCUGGCAGAUGGCCUUGGUGCCCUGGCAGAUGGCCUUGGUGCCUUAGCAGAUGGCCUUGGUGCCCUGUCAGAUGGCCUUGGUGCCUUAGCAGAUGGCCUUGGUGCCCUGGCAGAUGGCCUUGGUGCCCUGGCAGAUGGCCUUGGUGCCCUGGCAGAUGGCCUUGGUGCCUUAGCAGAUGGCCUUGGUGCCCUGGCAGAUGGCCUUGGUGCCUUAGCAGACGGCCUUGGUGCCCUGGCAGAUGGCCUUGGUGCCCUGGCAGAUGGCCUUGGUGCCCUGGCAGAUGGCCUUGGUGCCUUAGCAGAUGGCCUUGGUGCCCUGGCAGAUGGCCUUAGAUGGCCUUGGUGCCCUGGCAGAUGGCCUUGGUGCCCUGGCAGAUGGCCUUGGUGCCUUAGCAGAUGGCCUUGGUGCCUUAGCAGAUGGCCUUGGUGCCCUGGCAGAUGGCCUCUGUUUCCUUUUUGCCCCAGCCAUAGCCAGUAGUUCAGGCCUAACUUAUAUGUAUAUAUGAUUGGACAAAGCCAUCGCUCACGUGACACCAUUCAUUCCUUUGUGAAGAUUCAAUAGCGCAUUGAAGCAAAAUAAAGUCGGUAAAGAUGAUGUCUCAUGGAGACAUAACAUGCGCAGUUUGAGGUACUCCAGGAAGUGAUGUUGCAGGCUAGCUCAGUGCUGCCUCCUCUCAUUGAGUAACUCAAGUUUAAGACCGACCGGGGUACUGCAGGCUGCCAUUAGCCUAAAGAAAAAUCCUUAUAACUUCUUCUGAACUUCUUCCAAUUUUAAAAUACAUACUGUACAUCAGGUUUAUUAGAAGCAAUUGUCUUCAAUUUUCCAAUUUUUGUUUACACUAAGAUUGACCAUGAAGAAUGCAAUUUUUCCAUUCACAUGUUUACUGCUAACAAUGUCUGCAGUGCCGCGGUCGGCCUUGAACUUCCAUGGCUUCAAUGAGAGAGGGCAGUCAUCCUCCCCUGAGCCUAGUAUAUCCUCAUCCUCCCCACAUAGGGAGAACUGACCAAUGAGAGAUGGGAAGGCAUCUGCUCCGUGGCCAAUGGAAAAGCAGGCUACUUUCUCAGUGUGAUUGGGUGAGGUGAUGCACACUGUGAGAUGUGAGAGCACUGUGGCUUGUCUUCAACCAUUACUCAACAUACUGUGCCGGGAUUUGGGUGAACUAUCCCUUUAUGCAUCAAAUAGAUUUCAUGUGUCCCUCCUCAAAAUACGAAUAACCUUAUCUCAAAGCAUUUUGUUCACAUAGGCGAAAGUCAUUUGGAGUUUGGAAAUUGGUGCCAUUAAUAAUUUGCAAUAAAUGAUUACUACUAGGGUUUAAUGGAUCGCCAAAACAUUAUCGUUGAAUGUUGAAAUUAAUAACGCACGCAUGAUGUAAAGAAUUAUGAUGAUGAUGAUGAUGUUGUCAGCAACGCAGAAGUAAUUAUAAUUUGUGUAAUAAUAAUUAAAAUGCUACUGACGCUGAUGAUGCGUCCACUUAAACGGCAGUGAUUACAUUUCUGCCCUUUAUCCAUCUCUGUGCAUUAAAGUGUGAUAUCUUUGUCUUUUUUAAUUAAAAUUCUAUGUUCCCGCUGAUAAUGUCGAGUCCAGUGAAUGGUAUCAAGAUGAUAUUCAGCAAUGUUUAAUGUAGUAUUUCAACCAGAAAACCUAUAUUGAGGCAAAGGCAGAGAGCUUAGCUGGUAUGCCAUCUGUCUGCAUAUUUAUAUCUAAGGCAAUAGGCAAGUGUGCUCCAUAUUCAUCUUUCUCCAUGCCUCAGAAAAAAACUAUGGCAUUGGUGUCAUAAUUCAGCUGUGGAGGCAUUUGAUUAGGCAAUAAAAUGGGCAACUGUUGUCUUUGACUGGCAAAUAUCAACCAAUAAGCAAUUACCACUCAUUAUAAAAUGAAAAUAGGACCUGCAAUGCCUUUCCAAAGCUAUUGUUUCAUUAUUUAAGUUAAGUGUGGAUUUGCGAAUCUCAGCCUAUGAUUGCUGUUUGUGGGUGUGUGUGUGUAUGUGUGCGUGUGUGCACAUGCAAUUGCAUGUGUGUGUGUGUGCUGAUGUGUACAUGAAAGUAUGUGUGUGUGUGUGUGUGUUUGCGCACGCAUGUGAGUGUGUGUGUAGGACAGGCAUAAACCCCAGCCCACCUGACCUUUAUGUUCCAGCAGAUCUUGUUGUAAUAGGUCAAUGAGACCUUUGCGGGAGCUGUCUUAAUGACAAGAGGCUGUUUAACAGUCUCUACACAGGGCCAGUCACUCCUGAGAACAAGGAUCUACCACUCUGCCCCUCUGCUACACUCUCUCUCUCUGUGUUCUCUACCCUGCCCUCCCUCUCUCUCUCUCUCUCUCUCUCUCUCUCUCUCUCUCUCUCUCUCUCUCUCUCUCUCUCUCUGUGCCUAUCUCUCCAUCUACUGUUUUUCUCUCCCUCUACUCUCUCUCUGCUCCCCUGCCCUCCCUCUUCUCCUAUGCCUCUCAUUUCGCCGCUCUUUUCCACCACUGCCUUUCCUUGAAACCCCUGAAAACGCCCCUGAAAAAGCCCCUGAAAAUCCCCUGAAAACGCCCCCGAAAACGCACCUGAAAACGCAGCUGAAAACGCAGCUGAAAACGCCCCUGAAAACACCCCCGGAAACGCCCCCAGAAACGUCCCUGAAAAUGCCCCUGAAAACACCCCUGAAAGUGCCCCUAAAAACACCCCUGAAAACGCCCCUGAAAACACCCCUGAAAACACCCCUGAAAACAAACGUUUUUUUUUAGAUGUGAGAAAAUCCCUAGCUGCCACCUUGUAACUUGCUAUGGCAAUGUUUAUGUUUAAUAUGUGUUUUUUGUUCAUCCAUGAUUGUAAGAAGUAUCAAUGAGUUGGACGUUGCUUUAUGUGAAAAUGUUUAUUGUUGCACAACCCAUCUGAAUAAUGCAGUACAAAAUGUUCAAAACAUCUCUGCACACACACAGUUUAGCAGAUUGAUUGUAAGACCCGAUGCAAUCGCACACCGCCAAUUGGUGAGAGGUAUAAAUAGUCUUAAAACCAACAGAAAUGAGAUGUUUAAUGAAUGUUUUUAUCUGGUGUACCUGUCAACUCAACUGUAAAACACAAUCUGUUGUCGUAGAGACAAGAUAAGUCAACAGUCAUCAUAAAACAGAGUUUCUUACUUCAUAUUUUUUCUGAGGCUAGCCUCCGAAUUGAAUAAGUGUUGCUAUGGCAACCAAAGCCUCCUUAUCCCACGUCAGUGAGGGGCGGGGAGGGAGAGGGAGAGAGAAGGAGAGAGAGAGAGAGAGAGGGGAGAGCGAGGGGAGAGAGAGAGAGCGAGAGAGAGAGAGAGGAGAGAGAGGAGAGAGAGAGAGAGAGAGAGAGCGAAGAGGAGAGAGGAGAGAGAGCAGAGAGGAUAGAGAGAGUAGAGGAGGAAGAGCGAGGCUAGAGAGAUAGGAGAGGCGAAGAGCGAGAGAGAGAGAGAGCGAGAGAAGCGAUAGCUAGUCCAGAGAUGAGCACCCUCUCAUAUCUCCCUCUCCUAGCUCUCUCUCGCUCUCUCCUCUCUCUCCUCUCUGCUCUCUAUCGUCUCUCUCCUUCUCUCUCUCUCUCUGUCUCUCUCUCUCUCUAUCUCCCUCUCUCUCUCUCUCGCUCUCUCUCUCUCUCUCUCAAUUUCAUUUAAGGGCUUUAUUGGCAUGGGAAACAUAUGUUAACAUUGCCAAAGCAAGUGAAGUAGAUCGUUGAAAAAGGUGAAAUAAACAAUAAAUAUUAACAGUAAACAUUAGACUCAGAAGUUCCAAAAGAAUAAAGACAUUUCAACAAUGUGCAAAUAGUUAAAGUACAAAUGGGAAAUAAAUAAACAUAAAUAUGGGUUAUAUUUACAAUGGUGUUUGUUCUUCACUGGUUGCCCAUUUCUUGUGGCAAUAGGUCACAUGGCACACUGUGGUGUUUCACCCAGUAGAUAAGGGAGUUUAUCAAAAUUGGGUUUGUUUUUUAAUUCUUUGUGGAUCUCUGUAAUCUGAGGGAAAUAUGUGUCUCUAAUAUGGUCAUACAUUUGGCAGGAGGUUAGGAAGUGCAGCACAGUUUCCACCUCAUUUUGUGGGCAGUUUGCACAUAGCCUGUCUUCUCUUGAGAGCCAGGUCUGCCUACGGCGGCCUUUCUCAAUAGCAAGGCUAUGCUCACUGAGUCUGUACAUAGUCAAAGCUUUCCUUAAUUGUGGGUCAGUCACAGUGGUCAGGUAUUCUGCCACGAUGUACUCUCUGUUUAGAGCAAAUAGCAUUCUAGUUUCUAGUCUAGCAUGCUCAGUUUUUUUUGUUAAUUCUUUCCAAUGUGUCAAGUAAUUAUCUUUUGUUUUCUCAUGAUUUAGUUGGGUGUAAUUGUGUUGCUGUCCUGGGGCUCUGUGGGGUCUGUUUGUGUUUGUGAACAGAGCCCCAGGACCAGCUUACUUAGGGGACUCUUCUCCAAGUUCAUCUCUUUGUAGGUGAUGCCUUUGUUAUGGAAGGUUUGGGAAUCGCUUCCUUUUAAGUGGUUAUAGAAUUUAACAACUCUUUUCUGGAUUUUGAUCAUUAGCGGGUAUCGGCCUACUUCUGCUCUGCUUGCAUUAUUUGGUGUUUUUCGUUGUACACAGAGGAUAUUUUUGCUGAAUUCUGCAUGCGGAGUCUCAAUUUGGUGUUUGUCCCAUUUUGUGAAUUCUUGGUUGGUGAGCGGACCCCAGACCUCACAACCAUAAAGGGCAAUGGGUUCUAUAACUGAUUCAAGUAUUUUUAGCCAGAUCCUAAUUGGUAUGUCAAAUGUUAUGUUCCUUUUGAUGGCAUAGAGGGCCCUUGCCUUGUCUCUCAGAUCAUUCACAGCUUUGUGGAAGUUACCUCUGGCGCUGAUGUUUAGGCUGAGGUAUGUAUAGUUUUUUGUGUGCUCUAGGGCAACGGUGUCUAGAUGAAUUUGUAUUUGUGGUCCUGGCAACUGGACCUUUUUUGGAACACCAUUAUUUUUGUCUUACUGAGAUUUACUGUCAGGGCCCAGGUCUGACAGAAUCUGUGCAGAAGAUCUAGGUGCUGCUGUAGGCCUUCCUUGGUUGGGGACAGAAGCACCAGAUCAUCAGCAAACAGUAGACAUUUUACUUGAGAUUCUAGUAGGGUGAGGCUGGGUGCUGCAGACUGUUCUAAUGCCCUUGCUAAUUUGUUGAUAUAUAUGUUGAAGAGGGUGGGGCUUAAGCUCCAUCCCUGUCUCAACCCACAGCCCUGUGGAAAGAAAUGUGUGUGUUUCUUGCCCAUUUUUACUGCACACUUGUUGUUUGUGUACAUGGAUUUUAUAAUGUUGUAUGUUUUUCCCCCAACACCACUUUCCAUCAAUUUGUAUAGCAGACCACAUGCCAAAUUGAGUCAAAAGCUUUUUUGAAAUCAACAAAGCAUGAGAAGACUUUGCCUUUGUUUUGGUUUGUUUGUUUGUCAAUUAGGGUGUUCAGGGUGAAUACAUGGUCUGUCGUACGGUAAUUUGGUAAAAAGCCAAUUUGACAUUUGCUCAGUACAUUUUUUUUCACAGAGAAAAUGUAAGAGUCUGUUGUUAAUGAUAAUGCAGAGGAUUCUCCCAAGGUUGCUGUUGACGCAUAUCCGACGGCAGUUAUUGGGGUCAAAUUUGUCUCCACUUUUGUGUAUUGGGUGGUCAGUUCUUGGUUCCAAAUAUUGGGGAAGAUGCCAGAGCUAAGGAUUAUGUUAAAGAGUUUAAGUAUAGCCAAUUGGAAUUUGUGUUCUAUAUAUUUCAUCAUUUCAUUGAGGAUACCAUCAACACCACAGGCCUUUUUGGGUUGGAGGGUUUGUAUUUUGUCCUGUAGUUCAUUCAAUGUAAUUGGAGAAUCCAGUGGGUUCUGGUAGUCUUUAAUAGUUGAUUCUAAGAUUUGCAUUUGAUCAUGUAUAUGUUUUUGCUGUUUGUUCUUUGUUCUUUGUUAUAGGGCCAAAAAGAUUGGAGAAUUGGUUUACCCAUACAUCUCCGUUAUGGAUAGAUAACUCUUUGUGUUGUUGUUUGUUUAGUGUUUUCCAAUUUUCCCAGAAGUGGUUAGAGUCUAUGGAUUCUUCAAUUACAUUGAGCUGAUAUCUGACAUGCUGUUCCUUCUUUUUCCGUAGUGUAUUGUUUUAGUGAUUCACCAUACUGACGGCGUAGGCUCAGGUUUUCUGGGUCUCUAUGUUUUUGGUUGGAUAGGGUUCUCAAUUUCUUUCUUAGGUUUUUGAAUUCUUCAUCAAACCAUUUGUAAUUGUUGUUAAUUUUCUUUGGUUUUCUGUUUGACAUUUUUAGAUUUGAUAGGGAAGCUGAGAGGUCAAAUAUACUGUUUAGGUUUUCUACUGCCAAGUUUACACCUUCACUAUUACAGUGAAACGUUUUGUACAGGAAGUUGUCUAAAAGGGAUUGAAUUUGUUGUUGCCUAAUUGUUUUUUGGUAGGUUUCCACACUAAUUUCCUUCCAUCUAUAGCAUAUCUUAAUAUUAUUCAGUUCCUUUGGCUUUGAUGCUUCAUGAUUGAGUUGCUCUGUUCAAGUAGACUGUGAUUUUGCUGUGAUCUGAUAGGGGUGUCAGUGGGCUGAAUGUGAACGCUCUGAGAGACUCUGGGUUGAGGUCAGUGAUAAAGUAGUCUACAGUACUACUGCCAAGAGAUGAGCUAUAAGUGUACCUACCAUAGGAGUCCCCUCGAAGCCUACCAUUGACUAUGUACAUACCCAGCGUGCGACAGAGCUGCAGGAGUUGUGACCCUUUUUUGUUGGUUAUGUUGUCGUAGUUGUGCCUAGGGGGGCAUAUGUGGGAGGGAAUGCUGUCACCUCCAGGUAUGUAUUUGUCCCCCUGUGUGCUGAGGGUGUCAGGUUCUUGUCCAGUUCUGACAUUUAGGUUGCCACAGACUAGUACAUGUCCCUGGGCCUGGAAAUGAUCGAUUUACCCCUCCAGGAUGGAGAAGCUGUCUUCAUUAAAGUAUGGGGAUUGUAGUGGGGGGAUAUACAGUGGGGAGAACAAGUAUUUGAUACACUGCCGAUUUUGCAGGUUUUCCUACUUACAAAGCAUGUAGAGGUCUGUAAUAGUUUUAUCAUAGAUACACUUCAACUGUGAGAGACGGAAUCUAAAACAAAAAUCCAGAAAAUCACAUUGUAUGAUUUUUAAGUAAUUAAUUUGCAUUUUAUUGCAUGACAUAAGUAUUUGAUACAUCAGAAAAGCAGAACUUAAUAUUUGGUACAGAAACCUUUGUUUGCAAUUACAGAGAUCAUACGUUUCCUGUAGGUCUUGACCAGGUUUGCACACACUGCAGCAGGGAUUUUGGCCCACUCCUCCAUACAGACCUUCUCCAGAUCCUUCAGGUUUCACGGCUGUCGCUGGGCAAUAUGGACUUUCAGCUCCCUCCAAAGAUUUUCUAUUGGGUUCAGGUCUGGAGACUGGCUAGGCCACUCCAGGACCUUGAGAUGCUUCUUACGGACACACUCCUUAGUUGCCCUGGCUGUGUGUUUCGGGUCGUUGUCAUGCUGGAAUACCCAGCAACGACCCAUCUUCAAUGCUCUUACUGAGGGAAGGAGGUUGUUGGCCAAGAUCUCGCGAUACAUGGCCCCAUCCAUCCUCCCCUCAAUACGGGAUUUUGUCCCACUCCUCUUUGCAGAUCUUCUCCAAGUCAUUAAGUUUUCGAGGCUGACGUUUGGCAACUCGAACCUUCAGCUCCCUCCACAGAUUUUCUAUGGGAUUAAGGUCUGGAGACUGGCUAGGCCACUCCAGGACCUUAAUGUGCUUCUUCUUGAGCCACUCCUUUGUUGCGUUGGCCGUGUGUUUUGGGUCAUUGUCAUGCUGGAAUACCCGUCCAUGACACAUUUUCAAUGCCCUGGCUGAGGGAAGGAGGAUCUCACCCAAGAUUUGACAGUACAUGGUGCCGUCCAUCGUCCCUUUGAUGCGGUAAAGUUGUCCUGUCCCCUUUGCAGAAAAGCAUCCCCAAAGAAUUAUGUUUCCACCUCCAUGCUUCAUGGUUGGGAUGGUGUUCUUGGGGUUGUACUCAUCCUUCUUCUUCCUCCAAACACGGCAAGUGGAGUUUAGACCAAAAAGUUCUAUUUUUGUCUCAUCAGACCACAUGACCUUCUCCCAUUCCUCCUCUGGAUCAUCCAGAUGAUCAUUGGCAAACUUCAGACGGGCCUGGACAUGCGCUGGCUUGAGCAGGGGGACCUUGCGUGCGCUGCAGGAUUUUAAUCCAUGACGACGUAGUGUGUUACUAAUGGUUUUCUUUGAGACUGUGGUCCCAGCUCUCUUCAGGUCAUUGACCAGGUCCUGCCGUGUAGUUCUGGGCUGAUCCCUCACCUUCCUCAUGAUCAUUGAUGCCCCACAAGGUGAGAUCUUGCAUGGAGCCCCAGACCGAGGGUGAUUGACCAUCAUCUUGAACUUCUUCAAUUUUUUCAAUUUUCUAAUAAUUGCACCAACAGUUGUUGCCUUCUCACCAAGCUGCUUGCCUAUUGUCCUGUAGCCCACCCCAGCCUUGUGCAGGUCUACAAUUGUAUCCUUGAUGUCCUUACACAGCUCUCUGGUCUUGGCCAUUGUAGAGAGGUUGGAGUCUGUUUGAUUGAGUGUGUGUGGACAGAUGUCGUUUAUACAGGUAACGAGUUCAAUCAGGUGCAGUUAAUACAGGUAAUGAUUGGAGAACAGGAGUGCUUCUUAAAGAAAAACUAACAGGUCUGUGAGAGCCGGAAUUCUUACUGGUUGGUAGGUGAUCAAAUACUUACAGUGUGGGAAAAAAGUAUUUAGUCAGCCACCAAUUGUGCAAGUUCUCCCACUUAAAAAGAUGAGAGAGGCCUGUAAUUUUCCUCAUAUGUACACGUCAACUAUAACAGACAAAAUUAGAAAAAAAAAUCCAGAAAAUCACAUUGUAGGAUUUUUUAUGAAUUUAUUUGCAAAUUAUGGUGGAAAAUAAGUAUUUGGUCAAUAACAAAAGUUUCUCAACACUUUGUUAUAUACCCUUUGUUGGCAAUGACACAGGUCAAACGUUUUCUGUAAGUCUUCACAAGGUUUUCACACACUGUUGCUGGUAUUUUGGCCCAUUCCUCCAUGCAGAUCUCCUCUAGAGCAGUGAUGUUUUGGGGCUGUCGCUGGGCAACACGGACUUUCAACUCCCUCCAAAGAUUUUCUAUGGGGUUGAGAUCUGGAGACUGGCUAGGCCACUCCAGGACCUUGAAAUGCUUCUUACGAAGCAACUCCUUCGUUGCCCGGGCAAUGUGUUUGGGAUCAUUGUCAUGCUGAAAGACCCAGCCACAUUUCAUCUUCAAUGCCCUUGCUGAUGGAAGGAGGUUUUCACUCAGAAUCUCACGAUACAUGGCCCCAUUCAUUCUUUCCUUUACACGGAUCAGUCGUCCUGGUCCCUUUGCAGAAAAACAGCCCCAAAGCAUGAUGUUUCCACCCCCAUGCUUCACAGUAGGUAUGGUGUUCUUUGGAUGCAACUCAGCAUUCAUUGUCCUCCAAAUACGACGAGUUUUUACCAAAAAGUUAUAUUUUGGUUUCAUCUGACCAUAUGACAUUCUCCCAAUCCUCUUCUGGAUCAUCCAAAUGCACUCUAGUAAACUUCAGACGGGCCUGGACAUGUACUGGCUUAAGCAGGGGGACACGUCUGUCACUGCAGGAUUUGAGUCCCUGGCGGCAUAGUGUGUUACUGAUGGUAGGCUUUGUUACUUUGGUCCCAGCUCUCUGCAGGUCAUUCACUAGGUCCCCCCAUGUGGUUCUGGGAUUUUUGCUCACCGUUCUUGUGAUCAUUUUGACCCCACGGGGUGAGAUCUUGCGUGGAGCCCCAGAUCGAGGGAGAUUAUCAGUGGUCUUGUAUGUCUUCCAUUUCCUAAUAAUUGCUCCCACAGUUGAUUUCUUCAAACCAAGCUGCUUACCUAUUGCAGAUUCAGUCUUCCCAGCCUGGUGCAGGUCUACAAUUUUGUUUCUGGUGUCCUUUGACAGCUCUUUGGUCUUGACCAUAGUGGAGUUUGGAGUGUGACUGUUUGAGGUUGUGGACAGGUGUCUUUUAUACUGAUAACAAGUUCAAACAGGUGCCAUUAAUACAGGUAACGAGUGGAGGACAGAGGAGCCUCUUAAAGAAGAAGUUACAGGUCUGUGAGAGCCAGAAAUCUUGCUUGUUUGUAGGUGACCAAAUACUUAUUUUCCACCAUAAUUUUCAAAAAUAAAUUCAUAAAAAUUCCUACAAUGUGAUUUUCUGGAUUCUUGUCUUUUAGAUUCUGUCUCUCACAGUUGAAGUGUACUCAUGAUAAAAAUUACAGACCUCUACAUGCUUUGUAAGUAGGAAAACCUGCAAAAUCGGCAGUGUAUCAAAUACUUGUUCUCCCCACUGUAGGUAGCAUACAGGAGGACAGUUUUCUCUGUUGAGAUAAUUUCCUUUUGAAUUUCUAGCCAAAUGUAAAAUGUUCCUGUUUUGAUUAAUUGAAUAGAGUGAGUUAGGUCUGCUCUAUAUCAAAUUAGCAUACCCCCUGAGUCCCUUCCCUGUUUCACACCUGGUAGUUUGGUGGAUGGGACUACCAGCUCUCUGUAACCUAGAGGGCAACCAGUGGAUCCAUCUCUUCUAUACCAUGUUUCUUGUAGGAUGACAAUGUCUGUAUUUCUGAUUUAUUUGGUGUAGUCCAGGUUCCUGCUCUUUAGGCCAAAGGCAGCUGACCUCAGGCCUUGGAUAUUACAGGAUGAGAUAGUGAAGUCUUUGUGCUCCAUAAUGUGUCCAAUGUUGUUAGUCAUGUGAUUUGGCCUCAGACCAGUAGGUGUGAGCAGAGCCUGCUGAGCAUCUGGUACAUGCCAUUGGCUUGGGCUAGUGUAAGAGUGAGGAUUGGGCCUGUUUGCCUGCUCACGGCCUGGGAGUAUAUGUGACUUUUAUGUUGAGGCCCUCUUUGCGGGUGUGGGGGGCAUGGGGUGGGCAGGAGGGGCAUAGGUGUGAUCUGAGGGAUCCUGAAUGGGGUGUGGGCAUGGUUGACUUGGUGAGGUGUUGAUUGGUUGGGGUGGGGGUGGGGAUGUGGCUGGUGGUGCUGUGGUCUGGAUAUAGGUCCUCUCAGCGUGGGUCCUCUAUGUGUAGGGUCGGGUGAGAGCGAUGUCUUUUAGUGUCCGGGCGAAGGUGGGCACUGCUGUCUUGUAUAGGUGGACCUGGUCGUAAAGGCUGUUCAAGUCCAGGGUGGAGUGGUGGGCCAGGUAGACAUUUGGUUUUGAGGCACAGUCACAGGAAAUACUUGUACCCAGUGUAUGGUAGCAGGGUCGAAGUAUUUUCAUGGUAGCAGGGUGGAGAUAACCACUUGUGCAUCGGGGAAAGUAGAAGAAGCUUUUUCUAUCACUCCCUUGAGUGCUGUGGCCACCCUUUCCUUCUGUGUUCUCAGGUCGUUUGUGCAUGUGUGUAUUAUUAUGUUUAGACACUGUGUGUUUGGGAAAAAGUGUAUUUUCUUGUAUGUAUUUUCCGGCUGUGAUGUCGAGGCUAUGGUCAGGGUCUAGGGUGAACUGUUCUGCUGUGGUGUCGAGACUUUGGUCAGGAUCUGAGGUGGGCUGUUCUGCUGGCUUCUCUGCGGUGGCUAACUCUCUAAUAAGUUGUUCUCUGUCACCCGUCAUCGUUCUCACCUUCUCCUCCAGCACUCUGAUUCUCUCCUCUAGUGCUCUGUUCUUCUCCUGCUCCUGCUCUUUCUCCUGUUGAUGUUGUCUCACUACAGUCCAGAGUGCAGGAAUGUCUCUCUCCACCUCCAGCUCUCCGGGUCUAAUUGAGGGGGUGUUGUUGAGCUGGACUAUUUUUUGUGAUGACUGGAGUGUGUUCACCUGCUGUUCCAGCUCCACCUGCCUUACCUCCAGCUGGGUGAAUGUAUCCUUCAUUUCAAUGAGGGAGUAGUACUCUGUGCUGGGAGGUUGACUUUCCACUUGGGGUUGCUCGUCUGUGGAGUUAUAUAAUGAAGAGGUCUGGUCUGACCCGCUCGGGGUGGGGGUAUCUUUCUCAAGGGAGAGCUUCUCCUGCUGAGCUAUUUCUUUGAUUAGGUGAAAGUCCAGCUGAAACUAUUUGGGGUUGCCCUGUACUGCUACUGUUCCAGACUUGUACAGAUUUAUAUUGGCUGACUCAGAGUUGUCUAGUAUGUCUCUCUCUCUCUCUCUCUCUCGCUCUCGCUCUCGCUCUCGCUCUAGAUCUCUAGCGCUAUAUCUCUCGUAUCCGAGAUAGCAUGAUUUCCGCGAGCUCUCAUACUAGAUCUCUCUUCUGCGGGAUCUAGCCUCUCUCUCUCUAUUCUCUCUCUCAUCAGUCCCUCCUCUCUCCUCCUCUCUCUCUCUCUCUCUUCUCUCUUCCUGUACCCACACUUUUACGCUUGCGAGCUAGCGAAGGGACAUUUGCGUGAAAUAUGUUAUCUUUUGUGCCCAGUGUGUUUGGACACCAUUUGUGACUUUCUGCACGAUCUCAGAAAAAAACUGCCCGGUUGCUUUGGAAAUGCAUCCCUCUAAUCUAUUUCACCAGAAUAAUUCAGUGCUGGUGUUGUGUGAGUAGGUUGUUGUGUGUGUCACUGUCUUUUGUUGUGAGGAUAAAGAGGGUAUGGUAGUCUUUGGGAGAAAAUGCAGUAACUAGCUUUGAGUCAGACACAAACAACAUGCAUGAUGAAAAAAACAUUAUGAAUAUAUUUUUUAUGAUGUACUGAAAAUAGCACCAGAAAAUCUUCUCUAAACGGAGAGUUGGCAGCACCACAGCAUUUCUAGCUGAAGGCAUUAUUUUGGACAUUUGUGUUCCGAAGCCCACAUCCACACUCACACUCGCACCGCAGUCAGAGAGACACACACAUACCCCAUCCUCCAGGGAAAGAGUCCCUCCAUGACAACUGACUCACCAGCAGCAUGGAAGCACCAAGGUCUGUAUUUAUAUAGCCUGACAUCAAAUACAGUACGUUCCGUUCCAUCCGCAAGGAAUUCAAUUAAAUUCCAACAAUCACCAAGUACAAAUAGAGCAGUGAUUUCUGAUGGCGGGUCCGACACCGCCAGUACAAUACAUUAGCCGAUGUCCCUCCUAUUCAUCCUGCUAGUUAGUCGUUCCUUGUGUAAUAUAUUGGUCUUAAAUAAUUUUUCCAAGUUAAUGCUGAUUGGGCCCAUGUCUCUGAGUGAGGCCGGAAGAAAGAAAAAAUGUAGAAAAAAAAGGAUAAUGAGCACUCCAGAGAUCUGUUCCUCCCUCCUCCGGAGUGCCUAAACACUAGCACUGUAUUCUGUUUCUCCGGACCUAAUUGCUACUAAUUUAAACACCCCUGUGUGUGUCUGUGUUUGUGUGUGUGUUUGUGUGUGUGUGUGUGUGUUUGUACCCUUGGAGCCAUGUGCGCCAGGCUCCCUCGCACACAGCCACUCGGCUAGAACCUGCCAGUUCCACCGAAUUGGAUCACAGUCUUUUAAAUUGGAAUCGGUGUUGAAGAAUCAAAGAGAUUGGAAGGCUGACAGGGAGCAGAAUUAAGGCCUUAAACGUAGCAUCUGUGCCGGUCCAGACCCUCCCUAUGAAAAAACAAAAAGAGGGAGGACAUAGCGUAGAGGAAGAGACAGGAGGACGAGGCGAGGGGAACGUAUACCCAUGUGCAAGAGUGAGAGAGGAGCGUGUGCCCUGUUUCACUACAAGGAACCUCCACUUAGAUUGGACUUGAACACCUGUCCUCAAGCUGUCCUCUUUGCCUGUGUGGGUCUCUCUCUCUCUCUCUCUCUCUCUCGCUCUCUCUCUCUCUCGCUCUCUUUCUCUCUCUCUCUCUCUCUCUCUCUCAAUUUCAAUUCAAUUUCAAUUUAAGGGGAUUUAUUGGCAAGGGAGACAUACAAAGCAAGUGAAAUAGAUAAUAAACAGAAGUGAAAUAAACAAUAAUAAUAAUUUUAAAAAGAACAGUAAACAUUACACUCACAAAUUUCCAAAAUAAUAAAGACAUUUCAAAUGUCAUAUUAUGUCUAUAUACAGUGUUGUAACAAUGUGAAAAUAGUUAAAGUACAAAAUGGAAAAUAAAUAUAAAUAUGGGUUGUAUUUACAAUGGUGUUUGUAAUUCGCUGGUUGCCCUUUUCUUGUGGCAACAGGUCACAAAUCUUGCUGCUGUGAUUGCACACUGUGGUAUUUCACCCAAUAGAUAUGGGAGUUAAUCAAAAUUGGAUUUGUUUUGGAAUUCUUUGUGAGUCUGUGGAAUCUGAGGAAAUAUGUGUCUCUAAUGUGGUCAUACAUUUGGCAGGAGGUUAGGAAGUGCAGCUCAGUUUCUGCCUCAUUUUGUGGGCAGUGUGUACAUAGCCUGUCUUUUCUUGAGAGCCAAGUCUGCCUACGGCGGCCUUUCUCAAUAGCAAGGCUAUGCUCACUUAGUCUGUACAUAGUCAAAGCUUUUCUUAAUUGUGGGUCAGUCACAGUGGUCAGGUAUUCUGCCACUGUGUACUCUCUGUUUAGGGCCAAAUAGCAUUCUAGUUUGCUCUGUUUUUUUGUUAAUUCUUUCCCAUGUGUCAAGUAAUUCUCUUUUUGUUUUCUCAUGAUUUGGUUGGGUCUAAUUGUGUUGUUGUUGUUGUCCUGGGGCUCUGUGGGCUCUGUUUGUGUUUGUGAACAGAUCCCCAGGACUAGCUUGCUUAGGGGACUAUUCUCCAGAUUCAUCUAUCUGUAGGUGAUGGCUUUGUUAUGGAAGGUUUGGGAAUCGCUUCCUUUUAGGUGGUUGUAGAAUUUAAUGGCUCUUUUCUGGAUUUUGAUCAUUAGUAGGUCUCAGCCUAAUUCUGCUCUACAUGCAUUAUUUGGUGUUUUAUGUUGUACACGGGGGAUAUUUUUGUAGAAUUCUGCAUGCAGAUUCUCAAUUUGGUGUUUUGUCCCAUUUUGUGAAUUCUUGGUUGGUGAGCGGACCCCAGACCUCACAACCAUAAAGGGUAAUGGGUUCUAUAAAUGAUUCAAGUAUUUUUAGCCAGAUCCUAAUUGGUAUGUCGAAUUUUAUGUUCCUUUUGAUGGCGUAGAAGGCCCUUCUUGCCUUGUCUCUCAAAUCGUUCACAGCUUUGUGGAAGUUACCUGUGGCACUGAUGUUUAGGCCGAGGUAUGUAUCGUUUUUUGUGUGCUCUAGGGCAACAGUGUCUAGAUGGAAUUUGCAUUUGUGGUCCUGGCAACUGGAACCCCAUCAUUUUUGUCUUACUGAGAUUUACUGUCAGGGCCCAGGUCUGACAGAAUCUGUGCAGAAGAUGUAGGUGCUACUGUAGGCCCUCCUUGGUUGAGGACAGAAGCACCAGAUCAUCAGCAAACAGUAGACAUUUGACUUCAGAUUCUAGUAGGGUGAGGCCGGGUGCUGCAGACUGUUCUAGUGCCCCUGCCAAUUCAUUGAUAUAUAUGUUGAAGAGGGUGGGGCUUGAGCUGCAUCCCUGUCUCACCCCACGGCCCUGUGGAUAGAAAUGUGUGUGUUUUUUGCCAAUUUCUACUGCACACUUGUUGUUUGUGUACAUGGAUUUUAUAAUGUCGUAUGUUUUUCCCCCAACACCACUUUCCAUCAAUUUGUAUAGCAGACCCUCAUGGCAAAUUGAGUCAAAAGCUUUUUUGAAAUCAACAAAGCAUGAGAAGACUUUGCCUUUGUUUUGGUCUGUUUGUUUGUCAAUUAGGGUGUGCAGGGUGAAUAUGUGGUAUGCCGUACAUCAUUUGGUAUAAAGCCAAUUUGACAUUUGCUCAGUACAUUGUUUUCACUUAGGACAUGUACGAGUCUGCUGUUAAUGAUAAUGCAGAGGAUUUUCCCAAGGUUGCUGUUGACGCAUAUUUUUACAUUUUACAUUUUAGUCAUUUAGCAGACGCUCUUAUCCAGAGCGACUUACAGUUAGUGAGUGCAUACAUGUAUUUAUUUUUUUGAUACUGAAUAUCCCACGGUAGUUAUUAGGGUCAAAUUUGUCUCCACUUUUGUGGAUUGGGGUGAUCAGUCCUUGGUUUCAAAUAUUGGGGAAGACACCAGGGGUAAGGAUGAUGUUAAAGAGUUUAAGUAUAGCCAAUUGGAAUUCAUGGUUUGUAUAUUUUAUAAUUUUAUUUAGGAUAACAUCAACACCACAUGCCUUUUUGGGUUGGAGGGUUUGUAUUUUGUCCUGUAGUUCAUUCAAUGUAAUUGGAGAAUCCAGUGGGUUCUGGUAGUCUUUAAUAGUUGAUUCUAAGAUUUGCAUUUGAUCGUGUAUAUGUUUUUGCUGGUUGUUCUUUGUUAUAGGGCCAAAAAGAUUGGAGAAGUGGUUUAUCCAUACAUCUCCGUUUUGUAUAGAUAACUCUUUGUGUGGUUGUUGUGCUCUCUCUCUCUCUCUCUCUCUCUUCCUCUCUCUGUUCUCUGUUCUCUCUCCUCUCUCUCAUUCUCCUCUCUUCCUCUCCUCUCUCUCUUUCUCUCUCUCUCCUCUCUCUUUCUCUCUCUCUCUGGUAUUUACAAGCCUUAUGGCAUACAGUGUUAGUUUUGUAUAAACACUACACUAUAUUUGUUAUUGUUUUCCUGUGUUAUACACUUGCCUUGUGGUCUUGAGUCAAUUAUUUAUUUAUGUGGGCUUCAUCUGGUAAAGGGGAAAUCAGUAGACUAUACAUACAGUAUAUGCAGUAGUGAAGCCUUGUUCUUGCUGUUGUGGCAGUAGUGAAGCCUUGUUCUUGCUGUUGUGGCAGUAGUGAAGCCUUGUUCUUGCUGUUGUGGCAGUAGUGAAGCCUUGUUCUUGCUGUUGUGGCAGUAGUGAAGCCUUGUUCUUGUUGUUGUGGCAGUAGUGAAACCUUGUUUUUGUUUUUGUGGCAGUAGUGAAGCCUUGUUCUUGCUGUUGUGGCAGUAGUGAAGCCUUGUUCUUGUUGUUGUGGCAGUAGUGAAACCUUGUUUUUGUUUUUGUGGCAGUAGUGAAGCCUUGUUCUUGCUGUUGUGGCAGUAGUGAAGCCUUGUUUUUGUUUUUGUGGCAGUAGUGAAGCCUUGUUCUUGUUGUUGUGGCAGUAGUUGAAGCCUUGUUUUUGUUUUUGUGGCAGUCAGUGGAGGCUACUCAGAGUAGCAAGAGGAGGACCAUCCUACUCAGUGAAUUUCAUAAUAAUUAUUUUUUUUAAAGAACAUUACAAAACUCCAAAUGGUUAAGGUAAGGGUUAAGGUUUGGGAUAAGCUUAAAGCCAAAAUAUAAAUAACAACUUUCUAUUGUUGGAUUUGAACUUGCAACCUUUGGAAUCAGAGGCUGAUGCCCAUCCGCCAUCCCCGUCCACAGCACCCUAGCAAACCCAAAACCUAAUUGAACGUAACAGCGCUCACUGUUGCCCAUGGUGGCUGGUUUCCACAUCAUAUCCCGACGUCCUCCUGAAUACUGACUUGUUUCACGGGUGACUGGUCACCAUAGUCAAGAACUGGCAGGAAAGUUGACUGUACAAUCUGCUUCCUGCUUUUUAGGGAGAGGAUAGAUCUAUUUCUGAAAAAGAAGCCCACUUUAAGUCUUAACUGUAUAAACUAGCUCAUCCGUAUGUUUUUUAAACAUUAAAUCUUUGUCAAUCCAAAUGCCCAGAUAUGUAUAGGCGGGAGAACCAUCCAAUGAAUAAAUACAGUAUGUAGUCCAUCCGAAAUAUUUUUGCAGGAAUUAGCAAACAACAUAUAUUUAUUCUUGCCCGCAUUAAGUACAAGUUUUAAACCAACCGGGGCUUUCUGUAAGGCAACAAAGUCAGAUUGCAGCUCUAACAUAGCCUGUCAACGGUUGGGGCAACGGCAUACAUAACAGUGUCGUCUGCAUACAGAUGAAUAUUACAAGUUUUAACAGAUAGACUGCUGGGAUUACCAGGGCCGUCUGGGGUGAGCGUACAGAUAAAUGAGAGGCCUUCUUUCUCACUUUUCUCUCUGUCACUCUGAGGUCAUUCUCCUGUCACAUCUACACUCAUCCACCCCUACGUACCCAGCCUCCCCCUUGCAUCUCCAUCUCUUCCCACAUCCCACCCUUCCUCACUAUAUCUCCUUCCUAUGUCUCCUUCCUCACUAUGUCUCCUUCCUCACUAUGUCUCCUUCCUCACUAUAUCUCCUCUCCUAUGUCUCCUCCUCACUAUCUCCUUCCUCACUUGUCUGUCCUAUGUCUCCUUCCUCACUAUCUCCUUCCUCACUAUGUCUCCUUCCUCACUAUGUCUCCUUCCUCACUAUCUCCUUCCUCACUAUGUCUCCUUCCUCACUAUGUCUCCUUCCUCACUAUCUCCUUCCUCACUAUGUCUCCUUCCUCACUAUCUCCUUCCUCACUAUCUCCUUCCUCACUAUGUCUCCUUCCUCACUAUGUCUCCUUCCUCUCCUAUCUCUCACCUGUCAUAGGUCUCCAUUGGUACAGCGUCCUCCUUGGUUUUAUGUUUAAGACAAAGCAGAGGCCAAGUUCUUCCUGUGUGUGCUAGUGUGUGUGUGGAAUUUUCUGUGUGUGUGUGUGUAUGUGUGUGUGUGUGUUUGUGUGUAUGUGUGCGUGUGUAUGUGUGUGUGUGUGUAUGUAUGUGUGCGUGUGUAUGUGUGUGUGUGUGUAUGUGUGUGUGUGUGUAUGUGUGCGUGUGUAUGUGUGUAUGUGUGCGUGUGAAUGUGUGUGUAUGUGUGUGUGUGUGUGUGUGUGUUUGUGGCUUGUUGUUACUACUGCGGCUGCUCUGUGUCUGGUUGCCUGGCGUCACCUGUCACCGUGCAGCGAGUAGAGGGUAGCACUUUGAAGCAGUGUAGCGCCACCGCCGCUCCCACCCUCACCCGAUCAAGCAAGUUUGUUUACUUGUUUAUAAGGACCAAAGGAUUGACAGCCGUCCCAUAUAGAUUGCAAAAUAGUUGGGAAGAGAUUUUUGAUGUACCGAUCCCAUGGCAUAGUGUUUAUGAACUGACACGCAAAACGACACCGGAUUCAAAAAUUUGAAUCUUUCAAUUUAAAUUAUUAUAUAAUAUUCUUGCUACCAAUAGAAUGUUAUUUAUAUGGGGGAUUCAAUCUUCCCAGCUCUGCAGAUUUUGCUGUGAAGAGACAGAAUCAUUAGAUCAUUUGUUUUGGUUCUGUCCAUUUGUAGCUUGUUUUUGGAUACAGGUCCAGGAAUGGCUAAAGGAUUGCAAUAUUUACCUGGAGCUAACCUUGCAGAUAGCAUUACUGGGUGAUCUGAAAAGUCAUAGUCAAUCGAUCAAUAAUAUAAUAAUACUUUUAGCAAAAAAAAGUAUUUUUAUUUCACAAUCUGUAGAAGCAAUGAGAAUAGAAAGGUUCAGAACUUUUGUAAAACAUCACAGUACGGUUGAAAUAUAUAUGGCAAAUAGAAAUCCUAUAUGGAUGGUGUUAAGAGAUAGAUGGGAGGUAUUGAAUAGAGUUGAAGGAUGGGACUAAUAACAAAUAACAACAAAUAAUAACAAAGAUAGCUAAUAAUGUAAGCAUACUGUGUCCAUAAUAAGUAUAUAGGUUGUAUAUUGGGAGCUUUUGGGAAAGAGCACAGUUAGAAAGAUAUGGCAUAUAGAAGCAAACCGGAUGGACAUCAUGAAAAUGAUCGGAGAGGUUGAGAGUAGAAGAAGUUCAGGAGCAAAAAAAAUAAAAAAAAUAAUAAAUAAAAUAAAUAAAAAUAUUGUAAAAUUAACUGUGUCCAUAAGGUGUAGAUAGUAAGUAUAGACCGGAAGUAGAGGCCUGGGCAUUGUUGUUCAUUCAAUAAUUUACUCCAAGUAGGGAAAGGAUGGCGGGGUUGAAAAGUAAUAAAGGGGAGUAUUAUAUAAAACAUGGGGGAUUGGAAGUGAUUGCAGACAAUUACAAUUGAUAGAAUGAUACAAUCUAUCUGCAAUAUUAAGCUGAUCCAUCCAAAAAAAAAGAAAAAAAAGUGUGUUUACUUCAUUUAAAUAUCACGCCAAAAGCCCCAAACAAACCAUCAAACACAGCUGCUAAUGUGGAUCUGACCGUAUGGUUGUGGGCUGUGAGAGCUCUCUCUCUCUCUCUCUCUCUCUCUCUCUCAGCUUCCUCUCCUCUCUCUCUCUCUCUCCUCUGCUCUCGUCUAUCUCUGCCUCUCUCAUCUCUCUCUCUAUCUCCUGUCUCUCGUCUAUCCUCUCUCCUCUCCUAUCUCUCUCUCUCUCUCUCUCUCUCUCGUUGAGGAAUAGGCCCUCAGUGAAGAGCAGAGCAGAGGACAGAAUGAUGCAGAUUCCAAGGCUCUCAGAGAACCCACCUUGCUGUCAGUCAGCUGUCUGCCUGUCUAG